AUGGCGCGGCUGACGCUCUCGUUGUGGGUGCCGCUGCUGCUAGCGCUGGGCUGCGUGUGUGGGGAGGAGUACCACCGCCACACCAACAACUGGGCUGUGAUCGUGGACACGUCUCGCUUCUGGAGCAACUACAGACACGUGGCCAAUGCGCUGUCGCUGUAUCACUCGGUCAAGCGUCUCGGCAUCCCGGACAGUCAGAUUAUCUUGAUGCUGGCGGACCAAAUGCCGUGCAACGCCCGUAAUUGCUUCCCAGGGCAGGUGUUCAACAGCCGGACGCAGAAGAUCAACCUCUACGGGAAGAACGUAGAGGUGGACUACCGCGGCUCCGAGGUCUCGGUCGCCAAUUUCAUCACCGUCCUUACAGGUCGCCAUGAGCCUGGAACACCCGCCUCGAAGAAGCUCGACACGGACGAGAACAGCAACAUCUUCCUCUACAUGUCUGGCCACGGCGGCGAUGGGUUCUUGAAAUUCCAGGACUUCGAAGAGAUGUCGAGCCAAGACCUCGCCGACUCGAUUCAGGAAAUGCACGUGAAGAAGCGCUACAAUGAAAUCUUCUUCAUGGUGGACACCUGCCAGGCUGGCUCACUGUCGAAUGCACUCGAGUCGCCCAAGGUAGUGACUAUCGGCAGCUCGCAAACUGGCGAGAACUCAUACGCCCACCACUCAGACUUCGAGUUGGGGCUGUCGGUCAUCGAUCGCUUCACAUUUUCGACGCUGGACUACCUGCAGCGCAUGAAGGUGGGUGACUCCAUUCGUAACGGGACGCUGCGAGACCUCUUCAACUUUUACGACCCCAAGAUGCUCCUUUCGACUCCUGAUUACCGGACCGAUAUUCUCGGCCGCUCCAUUGACGAGGUGCCCAUCACGGACUUCCUCGGAUCGAUGCUGGACGUCCACUUGCACUCCGAUGACGAGGCAUAUCCAAUUGAAGCAUCCCCUUUCUCGAAGGAAUUUCUGGCUGGAGUAGUUGCUGCCGUUGUCGGCGCUGUGCUUGUGACCACGAAAGGUGUCUGA